CCCCUCCCCGGGGGACCCCCGUGCCCGGGGGAAGCCCCGCGCGGGGCGCCCUCCGCCUGCCUCCGUCCCUCCGCCUCCCCGAGGCCAGGGGCUGCCUCCUCGGGCCGCGCCGGGCCGCCCCGCACUGCGCAUGAGCGGGAGCCCGGCAAGCCCGUGAGAGGAGCCGCCGCCGCCGCCGCCGUCCAUUCGCUGCGGAGCCGGAGGAGGAGGGGAGAGGCCUGGAGGACACCAACAUGAACAAGUUGAAAUCAUCGCAGAAGGAUAAAGUUCGUCAGUUUAUGAUCUUCACACAAUCUAGUGAAAAAACAGCAGUAAGUUGUCUUUCUCAAAAUGACUGGAAGUUAGAUGUUGCAACAGAUAAUUUUUUCCAAAAUCCUGAACUUUAUAUACGAGAGAGUGUAAAAGGAUCAUUGGACAGGAAGAAGUUAGAACAGCUGUACAAUAGAUACAAAGACCCUCAAGAUGAGAAUAAAAUUGGAAUAGAUGGCAUACAGCAGUUCUGUGAUGACCUGGCGCUCGAUCCAGCCAGCAUUAGUGUGUUGAUUAUUGCAUGGAAGUUCAGAGCAGCAACACAGUGCGAGUUCUCCAAACAGGAGUUCAUGGAUGGCAUGACAGAAUUAGGAUGUGACAGCAUAGAAAAACUAAAGGCCCAGAUACCCAAGAUGGAACAAGAAUUGAAAGAACCAGGACGAUUUAAGGAUUUUUACCAGUUUACUUUUAAUUUUGCAAAGAAUCCAGGACAAAAAGGAUUAGAUCUAGAAAUGGCCAUUGCCUACUGGAACUUAGUGCUUAAUGGAAGAUUUAAAUUCUUAGACUUAUGGAAUAAAUUUUUGUUGGAACAUCAUAAACGAUCAAUACCAAAAGACACUUGGAAUCUUCUUUUAGACUUCAGUACGAUGAUUGCAGAUGACAUGUCUAAUUAUGAUGAAGAAGGAGCAUGGCCUGUUCUUAUUGAUGACUUUGUGGAAUUUGCACGCCCUCAAAUUGCUGGGACAAAAAGUACAACAGUGUAGCACUAAAGGAACCUUCUAGAAUGUACAUAGUCUGUACAAUAAAUACAACAGAAAAUUGCACAGUCAAUUUCUGCUGGCUGGACUGAACUGAAGAUCAAUCCUCACAAUUCAGACUGAGGGUUGAGACAAAACUUUAAGGAUACAUCUUGGACCAUAUCGUAUUUCAUUCUUCUAAUGGUGGUUUGGGCUUGUCUUCUAGUCUGGGCCGCUCUAAACAUUUAUAAUUCCAACAUUGUGGAUUUCAUCUUAUAUCUGUGGACCAUCCUAGUUUAUUCUCCCAUAAGUCUUAGAAGCUUUAUGGUGAUUAUUUUGAGGUUUUCAUUCUCGCAUAAAGCACAAUGCUGUCUUCAUCAGAAAACAGUUGGCAUAAGAAUUAAACAUAUGAACAUCACAAAACAAUUUAUAAAAACUUCUUAAAUAUACGCUUUGGGCUAGUUGCAAAGACUAUGCUAAUAGCACUUCCAAUGAGAGUGAUAUAUUUAAGUGUACUGGAUCUGGAAUGGUGUUUUGGUUUGGGGGGAAUUUUUUUUUUUUUUCCUGGCAAAUCACAUGUGUUGUUGAUGUGAGUAUCUGAUGAAAAAACAAUGUCAGAAUAACCGACAUGAAAAUUUUUUAGGAUAACUUGGUGCCUACCUGAAAAAUGUAUUGUGUUUUAGACUCUUGAUUUCAAAAGGUUCCACAGAACUAGUCUGCGCUUACCUUACCCAUGUUUAUAUAUAGCUGUCCUACAGGGAGCUUUUAUUUAGAAAAUGUCUGCAUAAUGUUAGAUUCUUCUCCUGUCUACAUUAUGCACUACAUAAUUGGACUUCAUUAUGCUUUUGAAAUGCUUAUCUGCCUGUCACAUAAGUUAAACUAUUUAAUUUGUUUUGAAUGUUUUGGAUUGCUACACAAUACAAUAUUCUAAAUUUAGGCAUGAGGGUUUUUUUGUUUUGUUUUUACUUUUUUUUUGUCAUCGCACUAUGGAACACAAAUGAAAUUCUCUUAAUUUAUAAGAAAAUAGUUGCAGUUAAAUUUUGAAAAUGGUUGUAAUGAGCCAUGAAGUUCAAUCUUUAUAAUAUAGGUACUGCUCUUUCAGACAAAUAGUCCAUUUUCGAUGACUUAUUAUUUUGUUGAAAUUGCUUUAACUGCUAAUCACUGUGGUUGCCAAAUAUUUACUUCAGGAGCAAAGAUUUUCAAACAAGCAUACACGAUGCAAAAUACCAAUCUGGCUUCUAGUCUCUUUACUGUUUUUGUUUCACUCAGAUUAGCUCAGUUUUCUCAUCAAAGCAGAAUGCUAUCUUGUAUGUAUUUUUUUCAUUACAAGCCCCAUGAGCUGCUUUUAUGCUGAAAAUGGUCAUUUCCCUGUUCACUUACUGACAUGUGAAGAAGGGUUUCUUGCUUUCUUAAACAUUUCCGUAAGGCAGGCUAGAAAUGUAAUACUUCAAAUGUUCGAUGAUUAUGGUCUUUUGAUAGGAAUAGAUUCUGCUUGGGAUAUAUAUCCAGGCACUCUCUAAGGUCUAGGGUUGAUAUUAACAAAGGAAUGUACUUAGAAUAGCAGUACAUUUUAUGCAAAUAUGGAAAUUAUUUUAAGAAACAAUGACAUAUCAAAACUGCUUUUUAUUUACAUGAUUUUGAAAUAGACUAGAAAGCUUUCCCUAUAGACAUAUUAAUAUUCCAAUCAUAAUUUUAAUUCAAGAAUGCAGUUUUACCAAAAGAAAAAUUUGAAAAUUUCUAUUCAGGCUACUGGAAUUGGUUAUUAAAAGAAAAAGGAAAAAGAAGAAUCUUGCUGCUUUCAGUAUUUCCUGAUUUUUUUGUAAAUAUAAAGAGGAACUUCAAUUAUGAAAAAUUUUUAAAAGAUAUAUAUAUCUAUAUAUCUAUAUAUAUGUACUGUUUUGUUUCCUGUCUUGAAGAUUUUGAGUUAUGGUUAUUGGUUUCAGAUUGAUUAAUUCACAUAUGCUGUGUUUUGAAAUGAGAUCCCAUUAGCUUUUUUUUUUUUUUCAAUAUAAAGUGUUUUCUUUAAAAGUCUGAUAUUGGUUCGUGGCCUAGUGCCUUGGAUUUUACAUAUUUUUCUUUUUAAGUGCAAAACCUUUUCAACAAAAUAGUGUUUGUCAUCAGGUUGGUACUAAACAUUUAUAAUUACUGUGUAAUUAUAAACAAAAAUACAUAAAGCUUUGAAUAUAAUUAUGUAGCAUAAAAGUUAAGGUUGUUCACUAUGAUGGCAUCUUAGAAUUAAACACAACUUUUACUAGGGCUGAAAAGAGAA